UGAGAAUUUGUGCAAGGAGAUGAAUGAUGAUAGAUUUGCAUUUAUGUCACCAUCUAGACUGGUGAUAAAUCACAAGCGUGAAUAUAACCGUAUUGAGGAAGUCACUCAGUAUAUGACAGAGUUUUUAGUUACAAACAAAGAUAAGCGUUUUAUCUUUGCACCAUACAUCCAAGAUGAUCAUUGGAUAUUGCUUCUAUUCUGUUUGGAUGAAAGUGUCAUUUACGUGUUUGAUUCAUUGAGAAGGGAGCGGGAUAUUCGGUUGACAACACCUACACGAACGGCAUAUAAACUGUAUGUAGCACAAGGUGGCAGGAAGAAUAACCGAAAGGAAUUUCUUUGGUGUCAUGCAGAUGUUCAGUGUCCUCAACAACAAGGAGGUACAGAGUGCGGUUUAUUUGUUAUGAGGUACAUGCAUGAAGUAUUCCUGCUUUCUCAAAAAAAUCCUAAUACCAAUUGGAAAGAGGGCCUUGGUUCAAGAAGGUAUUUAAAGAAGGAACUCAAUGAGGUUCGGGAACUGUGGGCUGAGUUUUUUACAGUUGAAUGUCUAUAAUGAGAUAGUUGACGGACUUUAAUGGCCACUACAAGCUUUUUAGUGGUAAGGACGAGAGCGAAGACUGAGGCAGCUGACUUAUUACUACGUAUUGAUUUCAUAAUUUCUAGUGUGGACAUGUAAUUUGACAAGAAGAAUUAU